AUGGCUUGGAAGAUUGAUACAAGUUACAAAACUGUGUCUUCCUACAGUAAGGAUUCAGUAAGAGUCACUGGCUUCAGGCCUGGUAGCAUUAUAGCAGACUAUGAAUUUAAUGUAAAAACCAACAGCCUCAGCGACCUCAACGGCGAUGAUUUUACAUCAGCAAACUUAAAUGUUUUUAAAACUCUCCAGGAGGCUGGAAUCCCUGUAGCUCUGAGUGCUUUUUCUGAAAGUGCAUUUGCCUGUAGUGACUUGAAUGGAGUUGGAAAAAUAGGUGAAACUGUAACAGGAGCCUGUGAAAACACCAAAGAAGGCAACAUAACUUAUCUGUGUACAUCAGAGGGAUGGAGUAAAACGGAGGACAACUGUGUAGUUAAAGACAUCAAAGACCUUCAAAGGAAAGCUGAGUUCUUGACUGAGGUUCAGAUACCAGAUUUUGUGGCUCAGCUCAGUAAUGCUACAGUGAAGAAUAAUCAGGAGAUAACACAGUCUCCUGUGACUGUCCAAACAAUUGUUGAGAUACUUGUACAAAUUGCUAAAGUCUCACAAAAAAUUACCAUCGAUAAGAUUGUGAUAGAGGGUUUUCUUCAAACAGUGGACAUCCUUGUAUCAAAUGAUACCAUUAAUUCAUGGAAAAAAUUGAAUAAUAACAGCACAUCAGGAAACACCAGCAUUGAACUUCUGGCCGCUAUUGAGAAUAUGAGUAAAAAUCUCGCAGAGGACAAUUUUACGAUUAAUAGCACAAAAUCCCUUGAGUUGAACAGAACAGUAGUAACUACAUCAUAUAGUGGAACAUCAAAACUGUCAAACUCAACUACUGAGAUUCUGAUACCACAGGUUUUUAAACCAACCUCCUUAACCAUUAUCGUCUUCUCAAAUCUUGACAAAAUCCUACCUACUCGUAAUAUUAGUAAUAAUGACAGGAAGAAAUCAGUUUCCCUCAUCAAUGGAGAUGUGGUAGUUGUUAAGGUUAACCAAAUGGUUAACAACAUUUAUUUUACUUUUGACAUUACGAAUGCAUCUUUGGGAAAUCCUCAGUGUGUCUUUUGGAACUUCAGUCUUGACGCAUGGGAUUCCAGUGGAUGUGAAGUAAAGCCCUCAGUGAACAAACCUGGCAAGAUUACAUGUGAAUGCAACCACACAACCUCUUUUUCAAUCCUGAUGUCCCCAUUUCCUGAUGAAAGUGAUCUCUUGGCUUACAUAACAUAUAUUGGCGUAGCUAUUUCAAUGGUCAGCUUGAUUUUGUGCCUCAUUAUUGAGAUUAUCGUGUGGAAGUCAAUGACAAGAAAUGACACAUCCUACAUUCGACAUGUGUCCAUAGUCAACAUUGCUGUGUCCCUGCUGUUCGCAAACAUCUGUUUUAUCAUUGGAGCCGCAGUCGCGCAACAAGAGCAGCCAACAUCAGUGGGUCGCUGCAGUUCAGUGGUUUUCUUCAUGCACUUUUUUUACCUGGCCCUUUUCUUCUGGAUGUUAAUUUCAGCGCUGUUGCUCUUUUACCGUACAGUCAUGGUCUUUUCCCAAAUGUCAAGGGCCAGAAUGAUGGCCAUUGCCUUCAUAGUCGGUUAUGGUGCACCUUUGCUCAUAGCGGCCAUUACUGUUGCGUCGACAGCUGGACCUCAGAAAUAUAUCAUGAAAAAAGAUGCAUGCUGGCUGAACUGGGAUGAGUCUAAGGCCCUGCUGGCAUUUGUGAUUCCAGCUCUCACUAUUGUAGCCAUAAACCUUGUGGUUUUGAUUGUGGUUCUGUAUAAGAUGUUGAGGAGAGGAGUUAUUACCACAACUCAACCGGAUGAGAAACAUGCCCUGGUGGUCAUUGCCCGAUGUGUGGCCAUAUUGACUCCUAUCUUUGGUCUAACAUGGGGAUUUGGAAUUGGAACCAUGGUGUCCCGUAAAGUAGGCAUUCAUGUGGUGUUUGCACUCCUCAAUUCACUGCAGGGAUUCUUUAUAUUGGUGUUUGGAACGCUUUUAGACAGCAAGAUCCGUGAGGCACUGGCAGAAAGGCUGUCACUAAGGAACCUUACCAGCUCUAACCGUACCAAGAGUACUAGUGCAGGACCAUCAUCUUCAAGCGGGCCGGGUUUCUUUGAAAGGAUACGUAGGAGAAGAAAUAUGUUCAACGUAUCUGAAGCCAGCGCUAUCUCAGCAGCAACAUCUUCAAACAGCUCUGGUGGCUCAGAUACUUUUAUGAAUCAAUAAUCAGCUACUUCA